GGAAGCGAGCAAGAGACGAGGAGAGAAGGCACUGCUGCUCACACGCAAGGACAUGGCGAAGGAGAGCGCUGUCGUUGUCGGAGCAACGCAGUCGGAGAAGCAAGACCUUCCACAGGUCAAGGAAGGAGAAGCUGUAGCGGUGCUCGGAGCCUGUGGAGCCAGCAGGUGGUACUCUACCGUCGGCGGAGUCCCACUGUUGAAUGCGUGCAGCCGGCUGGAAGAAAGCUUGUACAACUACAAAGAGGAGAGACCUGAUCAACACUCAGGAGGGCAGACACAGAAAAAGCCUGUUUCCUCUACAACGGAAGAUGGAUAAUCACCGGAACGCAGUAACUUCAGUCGCUGGGGUCAGCAGCUCUGCCUCCGCCGGGUUGUGACUCCUCGGGCUCGGCAGAGGUGAACAGUGAACGCCGGUGGUCUGGACCGGACGGCACGGACACUUUGCGGGCUGCAGCAGCCUGUGUGCGGCGCUUUGCGGUGAAGCCUCCCCCUGGAGAAUAAAGCAUCUGGCAGCUCAGACUGAAAGAAAGAGCAGACUGGGACAGCAGUGCGGAAUUAUUGUGAGAUAAAACAAAGACUCACCAGGGGUCUACACCGAAAUGGGAAAAGAAGCCACAGCCACCUUUUAAGAUGUUUCCUCACCACAGAGAAAGGGAGCAGCCAAUCUUCAGUUCCCGGGCACAUGUAUUCCAGAUCGACCCCGCCACCAAGAGGAACUGGAUCCCGGCCAGCAAACAUGCCGUCACCGUGUCUUUCUUCUAUGAUGCCCACCGUAACGUCUACCGCAUCAUCAGCGUGGGCGGGACCAAGGCGAUCAUCAACUGCUCGGUCACACCCAGCAUGUCGUUUACCAAGACGUCCCAGAAGUUCGGUCAGUGGGCGGACAGCAGGGCGAACACUGUGUACGGUCUGGGUUUCGCUACAGAGCAACAGCUGCACCAGUUCUCAGAGAAGUUUAAGGAGGUGAAAGAUGCAGCUCGACUGGCGAGAGAAAAGUCGCAGGACAAAGAACUGGCCAACACUGCGCUUUCCAUCGCUGCUCCUCAGGACCUCUCGGACGAACUCCAGUCUCCACCGGUGAUGUGUGUGAACGGACCAGAGGACAAGCUGUUCCGCAGCCAGAGUGCAGACAUCACCCUGUCCUCCGAGAAGGAGCGCAUUAAGAAGAUGCUCUCUGAAGGGUCGAUCUGUGAGAUGAACCUGGAAGCCGAGCUCUUCACUCUGCAGGACAGCAACACCAAACUGGUGGCCGCGCUGCAUGAGGCUAAUGCUAACGUGGAGCAGUGGAAGAAACAGCUGGCAGCGUAUCAGGAGGAGACGGACAGACUCAGAGAGCAGUUGGCUGAGAUGGAAGCCCAUGGGGGCCAUGGCCCCAGCGACCUGCUGAAGGACGAGCUGACCCAGUCCCUGGAGGAGCUGGAGGCCCUGCUGAAGGCCAAAGACCAGGAAAUCCACAUUUUGCAAAACAAGAAAGUAGAGUACCACGACCUGGAGCACGACAGGGACGAGGCCAUUCACAGAUUACGGGAGACAGAGAUGCGUAACGCAGAGAUGGAGCGCCGCAUCCAGAACACCGAGCAGACCCUGAGUAACUCUCUGGAGGAACGGGAUCGCAUGGAGUCGGAAAUCCAGAGGGCCAUCGAAAUCCUGGACAUCAAGAUCUUUGACCUCAAUGACCUUCGCCAGAGCCUGGUUAAACUCAUCGACAAAUAAGGGGGGAGAAAAUCCAACCCAAGAAAGAGGAAAAAAGAAACAGUUAACAGGGUUAAAUUUGUCGCGACCAAUGCAGCGGGGAGGAAACAAAACAAGAUGGAGCUGGUCCCUCAAACACGGGCGGCUCCUCGGCUGCAGGAGGGAGAAGCGCAGACACGGUUUGCUUGUCCAAUGUAAUGUAAUGCUUCAUGUUGCUUUCAAGGGUCACGUUCAAUGCAAUAAACCAACUUUAAGGUAAGUGCUUAACGCCGCUAGACAUUUAUUAAGAAUUGGUGCUUGUAGUUUUUCAUAAGUAUGACUUUCGUACAACAAGUGGCGAAGCAGUGUUAUUAUAAAUAAGAGGCCUUGGUUAUUUUUUCAACUGACAGGUAAUAUUUAAACAUCUUUCCAACCAUUAAGGCCAAUAAGUGAAUUCAAACAAAAAAGGGAACAAGACAAAAUGACUAUUAAGAGGUUUGCCUGCAUAUAUUAUAAUAAUGAAUUGUGCUGAGAUAAAUAUGUGUAUGGUCUCGCUUUAAAAUAGCAGCUUUAACGUUGUUUUAUGUGAAAGCUGAGUGAUUCUAGAUAAGAACUUUUCCUGCAAGAAUAAGCAAUGACAUAUUUUUUAAGGUCAGAAAAAUAAGUGUGCUCAUAGUGUUUCAAAUUUUGGUAGGGCACAACUUAACGUCAAGCAUGGAAUCUGGAUAUGGACGCCAAAGAUAAAAUGUUUGCAGCAGAUGAAUCGAUCUAUCAGCAGCGGGUCCUUUAUCACAUCAUCAUUUCAACUCUUAGGAAACCUUUAAGUCUAAGAUAUGUUACCUGUAAGUAGAUAUGAUGCAAUACGUAAUUACACUUAGGAUAAAUGAGACUUUUCCCCAUGACUUAAAUCAAUUGUGAUAUUAAGUAAAGACAAGGAAUAAGUCAUUGUUUAGUAAUAAUAAGUUUAACUGGUCCUGUUUAAAUAAUCAUCCUGUGCAACCAACUACUGACUUAGUAACAAUAGACACACAGAGACAUUUAAGAGACAUUUUCUGCCUUCUCUCACUUCUCAGCACAUUACCUUAAGCUGUGGACAGGAUGCCUCACACCCUGGGUGUGGCAGUACUGUGUUUAAAGUGAAUUUAUUUAAAAAUACAAUGUCUACUCACAGAGUGUUUUAUCACACAGACUGUAUUGUUUAACAUUGUCCAAAAUGCUCUGUUUGUAUUAUUGUUUUCAAGCCUUAUUGUUUGCAAUACAAGAAUAGAUGUUGAUAUUAACGCCAGCUGUGUCUCAAAAUUUGAGCUGAUCAUGAUGUUUUGAAAAUAAAAACAAAGAAUGCAGUCA